UCAGACAACUAUCAUCAUGCUGCACCUGUUCGCCACGGCCUUCCUCCUCUUUGGUGGGAUCACGGUAACGCAUCAAACUCAGCACAUGAGCUCAGUGUCCACGUUUCUGUUCGCCCCUCGCGGCCCUCAGAUGUUUCCGUGUCUUACUUACCUGGAGCGAAACGUCAGGGUGGACUGUGAGUUUCCGCCCACCUACCAGGUCCCCGGCCCCUACUGUGAGUAUCGACAGGACAGCCGCCUGGUGGGCACCACCUUCCCCAACUCUGUCAUCUAUGUGUCCGUAGAGGACCGCAGGAGAAGCAAUGUCAGCCUGGUCACUCCUAACCUGUGCCGCCUCACCUGGGCCCCGCUGGCUGAUGAGAAGCCUUUCACCUACACCUGCAGGGUCUACCAGGGCAACUCGUGGAAGGAGAACAGCAUGGCGGUCCAUCACAGGAUUCUUCCAAUCUGCUCUGCGAUCAGUGUGAUGUUCAAAUCGGCGCCGUGGUUUUUGUCACUGGUGAUGUCACUUCCGGUGGCUGUGGGUCUUCUGAGUCCAUGAAUUCUCACACUGGCAGGGUAACAACUCAACGGACCUUUCUUAACGUGAUUUGUGACUCACUGUGGUUUGAUGGUUGGUGGUUGACUCUAUAUGGGAUGCUUUUAUUUACUUUUAUUUUUUAGGCAGUGAGAAGAAGCCAUGAAAACUCCUGGGAAUAAAUAAGACUGGAUGAAAUCAAUAUUUUAUUUAGCAUUAGGCUGUUCUUUAAAAAAAAAAAAACAUACCUUUGAGAUGUAAAAGCUUUUAUGUAAUAGACUUCAUUGUCAUCACUGUACUGUACCUUGAACACCACUGUUCCACAGUACUAGUAUUAACAGUGGAGAAAAAAGUCAUGACAAUGCCAAAUGUAAGACAUUGCAAACAAAUGCAGCAGUGAACAGUGUUGAGGUUUUUAAUCUGUUGCCUUGAUCAGGUCUCCCUUGUAAAUAAGAUUAAUUGGGACUGAUCGACAUAAAGAACUAUAUUCUUAAAGUGGAAACAGACAACUUUUUAACUUCUCCCCCACGAGCAUUUCCAAGUGGUAUUAUGAAUGCCGCUACCGUCACAAAGACAAACAAAUUACGUUCCGUUUUCCUCAGAGCCCACCUACACACUGGACACACUGCACUUUGUUUACCACUUUGGUUGUUUCACCAUCUGCUAUUUCCACUACUGAGGAAAGUAAAGUGCAAAGAAGUUAGAUUGAUACUCUGAUACACUACCGUGCAAUAGUUGAUGCACUUUCUCUGUGCCAUAAAUCAACAUGGACGUAGCACCAAAUUCAGGGCCCCAUGCAUAAGCAGUCUCUGUGGGCCCCCACCCUUUCUCUCUCAAUCCACGUCUCUCUGACGCACCCUUUGAAUUUUAAAUAUCUUUAAAUUAAGUCAGUUUGCUUUCUUUCCCCUUCCUUUCUUUCUUCUCAAGUUGGAAACCCUGAUUUCCUUUUCUCGGGGAGAGACAUGACAGUGUACGUUGUGGCUCUGGCAGCUUAAAUACACAUGCUGCAUUUUUGCACCCUCAAAUUUAUUGUUUUCGAUGUACACAAUGUCACACUCCCAAACGCCUAUUUUUCAGGGCAUGAAAACUGUGUCCAUAAAUAAACAAAGUUUAAUUUCAUGUGAUGGGAACAACCAAUCACAGCUGGCAGAUAUCUUUCCCUUCUUCCAUAUAUAUCAGUCUGUGAUAAAUGUGGAGAAGAAGUUGAUCAUUUAAGUGGAGAGCUACCCAGAGCUUUACUUCUGUCAAUAUUUUUGGCCUAAAACACUCUUACAAAACAAUGCCUGGAUGAAGAUCAGCUCUGUACUCUGGAUUUCUGGCAAGUAGGCUAUGAUGCGGUGCUGGUUAAUUAUCGCUUAGCAACCUCAGGCGCAACCUGACUCCAUGCCCUUGAAAGUUGUCACAGAGUAGGCACAAGAGAAAUGCCAAGCGCACAACCUUGCAUUUUCCAGGCAGUUAAAGAAUAUAGUCGCUUACUUGGCUCUAGCUGUGUUUAGAGACAAAUAGUGCGGAGCGGACUAAACCAU